CAAACAGCUAAUUGCAACCCUAACACAAGUCUCUCAUUUAUAAUUCUAGCUAGUUGUAUGUUUUUGGGUUUUGUGAGAUAGAUUAGGAUGGCGGGAAGGCCCAAAUGGGAAGCAAACCCGAGCUCCUGCUCCAACGUGGCUCUGCUGGACUUUUGAAUUUCAAUAUCUUCACUGUCCACAUCUGUGCUAGUAGACAACUCGCCUAGUAUGAGCCUAUUCCAUUCCACUGCCUUUAAAAUCCUAUCGGUUCUACCAAUAACGUGUGCAGCAUCAGGGCCGUCGAAAUCCUCAACCAAACUCGGAUGGGUAAGUUGAGUUACCAAGAAAUGAUAGCCGAAAUUGAUGCUCAUUUCGAUGGCUUCUUUAAGGUUCUUUGGGGCGUCGAAAUACAAGCCGCAAGACAUUUUUUUUCGUUUGUCCGAGGAGGCGUCUGAGUGUUGGUCGUUUGACUCCAUUCUUUUGUAAAAAAAAUUGUUUUUUAUUUGUGUGUGGGAUUAUUUUGAUCACUCACCUUGUCUAGAUGGAUAAAUUAGUUAACAAAAAUUGGUUUUAUUGGAAUAAACAAUAAUUUACACAAAGAACAAAAUAAAAUGCCGAAUUUUUUAAUUUUUGUGAGGUUAUGUUGUAAUUUUGAUAAAUAUACAAGUGAAGUUGGCAACAAGUUUCUAUUGCAUCCUUGUUUGGCUCGAGCAAAGUAACAAGGACGUUUGACAUUUUUGAUUUGCAAAUGGCCGCUAGUUAGGUAGAGGGCAGCACUAGUAGCGUUCCCUUUUCAUUCAAGGGAAACUUUUGGCUUCAGUUUUCUAUUGCUACUAUUGAUUUUUAAAUAAUUAAUUUGUUUAUUUUUAAAGCUCUAAUUAGGGCCCAUGUUUGGUGUAUAGUGAGGGGCUUGCUUCUACCCUAAUUGGCAAAAAGAAUAAGCCAAACAAUGGCCAGUCCUUCGCCAGCUAGCAGCCCCAUGCCCCCACCUCAGGCUCCGAGCCCUAUGGGGGCUCCACCUCACAGUCCGGCACCGCCGUCUCCAGCACCGCAAAGCCCUUAUCCCCAAGGGGCUCCACCUCAGCAAGGUCCUCCACCUGGACCAGGGCAUCAACAAUAUGCAGGGUAUCCGCCUCCUCAGGAGGUGCCUCACGGGAUGCAGGGGCCUCCGCACCCUCAGCAAGGGUAUCCGCCGCCUCAGAACCAUCAGGGAUGGAGUCAUCAGCCUCACGGGCCGCCUCCUGCAGGGCAUGGGCCACCUCAUCCUCAACAGAAUCCACCUGCCGGUCAUCCACAGCACCCUCCACCCCACCAAGGCUACCCACCUCACCCACAAGUAGGUCCACCACCAAGCCAAUACCCACCCCACCCGCAACAACAGCACCCUGGUGGCCCACCGCCUCACUCCAUGCCGCCCCAGCAUGGUGCGCCGCCUCAACCAGGCCUACCGCCUCAACAAGGCCUACCGCCUCAACAAGGCCUACCGCCUCAACAACAACCUUAUCCAGGCUAUCCGCCACCUCAGCGACAAAACCCAACAUCGCCAGGUCCACCUCCGCAACAACAACCGCCCCCCGGACAAAGUCCUAGACCAGCGGGCCCCACUUCGGAAAAUCUAAACGCCUUGCAAAAAGCCAUCGACACGAUGGAAGAAAAAGGCAUGCAAGACGACCAGAGGUACUCGCAAUUGCUUGCUUUGCGAGCUCGUACUGUUCAGACGCAAGGCAAUUCCGUAUUGAGUGGUAUCCAAAUGAGCCAGUUGAGAAAUCAAAUUAUGGCCUAUAGAUAUUUGGCAAGAAAUCAGCCGGUGCCGCAUCAAGUUUUGAUGGGACUCCAAGGUAAAAGAGCCGAUGGUACUCCGCAAUUUCCGACGCCUCCGUCCAGUCCUUUUUCGCAAGAUCAACCACAAGGCGAAGCCCCGGCCGAUCCGAACAAACCCCAACAAAGACCUACUGGAGGCCAAAUGGUGCCCGCAGGCAAACAAACCAGAAUCACUACAAUGCCUAAACCUUGUGGUAUCGAUCCCAUUGUACUUUUACAAGAAAGAGAAAAUCGUGUUGCUGCAAGAAUCGCUGCUAGAAUUGAACAAGUCAGCAAUUUGCCUUCUGAUAUAAGCGACAAGUUGCGUUUACAGGCCCAAAUUGAAUUGAGAGCGUUGCGUUGCUUGAACUUCCAAAGACAACUCAGAAACGAGAUUUUGGGCUGCAUUAGAAGAGAUACUACAUUGGAAACUGCAGUUAAUAUGAAGGCUUAUAAGAGGACUAAAAGGCAAGGUCUAAGAGAGGCAAGAGCAACUGAAAAAUUGGAAAAACAACAAAAACUAGAAGCUGAGAGAAAGCGCAGGCAGAAGAAUCAAGAAUUCCUCAAUUCUGUAUUGACACAUGCUAAAGAGUUUAGGGAAUUCCAUAAGGCUACACAAGUAAAACUUGCUAGAGUCAACAAGGCUAUACUUAAUUAUCAUGCCAAUGCUGAAAGAGAGCAAAAGAAGGAGCAGGAACGGAUUGAAAAGGAACGUAUGAGGCGGUUGAUGGCUGAAGACGAAGAAGGCUACAGGAAAUUGAUUGACCAGAAAAAAGACAAACGUUUGGCCUUUUUAUUGUCACAAACUGACGAAUAUAUUGCUAGCUUAACUGAAAUGGUAAGACAGCACAAAGAAGAGCAAGCUUACAAAAAACGAGAAGAAGAAAGAAGGAAGAAGCGCCAGCAAAGAAUGGCAGAGCCUGACCGUAAAGUAAUCGUAAUUGAAGUUGCCACUGGCAAAAAAGUCAAAGGCGAAAACGCCCCUACCUUCAGAGAACUUCCAGAAUGGCUCAAAUCUCAUCCUGGAUGGGAAAUGAUUGACACCGACGACGAAGACGAUGAAGACGAUGACAAUAGAAACAAUAAAGAUGAGGAGUGCGACGACGACGAAGCCACACAAAUAAUUAAAAAAGCUAAAAUUGAAGAUGACGAAUAUCAGAGAAACGCUAAGGAAGAGCAAACUUACUACUCGAUUGCCCAUACUGUCCAUGAAAUGGUAACAGAGCAAGCUUCAAUAAUGGUCAAUGGAAGACUCAAAGAAUAUCAAGUCAAAGGCCUCGAAUGGAUGGUGUCUUUGUACAACAACAAUUUAAAUGGGAUUUUAGCUGAUGAGAUGGGUCUAGGUAAAACCAUUCAAACAAUUGCCUUGAUUACCCAUUUGAUGGAAAGGAAGAAAAUAAUGGGGCCAUUUUUGAUUAUAGUGCCCCUGUCUACAAUGUCAAAUUGGAUGUUGGAAUUUGAAAAAUGGGCCCCUUCAGUACAAGUAAUUUCUUAUAAAGGCACUCCUGGAGCCAGACGCACCAUACAAACUCAAAUGAGAGCAGCUAAGUUUAACGUUUUGAUUACUACUUAUGAGUAUAUUAUUAAGGAUAAAAGCGUACUUUCGAAAGUGCCUUUUAAGUACAUGAUUAUUGAUGAGGGUCAUAGAAUGAAGAAUCAUCAUUGUAAGUUGACACAGGUUUUAAACACUCAUUAUUUGGCACCACAUAGAUUGUUGUUGACUGGUACCCCCUUGCAAAAUAAAUUACCAGAAUUGUGGGCCUUGUUAAACUUCUUGUUGCCGUCAAUUUUCAAAAGUUGCUCCACAUUUGAGCAAUGGUUCAAUGCCCCUUUUGCCACAACAGGAGAAAAAGUGGAACUCAACGAGGAAGAAACGAUUUUGAUUAUUCGUCGUUUGCACAAAGUUCUAAGGCCCUUUUUGCUUAGAAGAUUGAAAAAAGAGGUUGAAUCUCAAUUGCCAGAAAAGGUUGAGUAUAUUAUCAAGUGUGACAUGAGUGGAUUGCAAAAGGUCUUGUAUCAACACAUGCAAAGUAAAGGGGUUUUGCUCACUGAUGGUUCUGAACGGGGCCAUGGCUCAAAGGGCAAGGGUGGUUCGAAGGCGCUGAUGAACACCAUUGUGCAAUUGAGGAAAUUGUGUAACCAUCCCUUUAUGUUUCAGAAUAUUGAGGAAAAGUAUUGCGAGCAUGUUGGUAUUCAUGGAGGCAUUAUGACAGGGCCUGAUACGUUUAGGGCCUCUGGCAAGUUUGAGCUUCUAGAUCGCAUUUUGCCUAAACUAAAAGUCACCAACCAUAGAGUGUUGCUUUUCUGUCAGAUGACUCAGCUAAUGACUAUAAUGGAAGAUUAUCUUAAUUGGAGAGGAUUCAAGUAUUUGCGUUUGGACGGUACAAUCAAGGCCGAGGACAGAGGGGAAUUAUUGAGAAAAUUCAACGAAAAAGGCAGCGACUUUUUCUUGUUUUUACUUUCGACAAGAGCAGGCGGUUUGGGGUUGAAUCUACAAACCGCGGAUACUGUUAUAAUCUUCGACUCUGAUUGGAAUCCGCAUCAGGAUUUGCAGGCUCAAGAUCGUGCCCAUAGGAUCGGACAACAAAACGAAGUUAGGGUUUUACGUUUGAUGACAGUUAAUUCAGUUGAGGAGCGUAUUUUGGCUGCAGCCAAAUACAAAUUGACUAUGGACGAGAAAGUUAUACAAGCUGGAAUGUUUGAUCAAAAAUCCACUGGCUCAGAACGUCAACAGUUUUUGCACGCAAUUUUGCACAACGAUGGAACGGAUGAAGAGGAAGAAAAUGAAGUGCCAGAUGACGAAACUGUCAACCAAAUGGUUGCUAGAAAUGAAGACGAGUUUCAACUAUUCCAAAAAAUGGAUGUGGACAGGAAAGUCGAAGAGGACAACGUUGGAAUGAACAGUCGCUUAAUUCAAGAAGAAGAGCUUCCCGAGUGGCUCGUAAAGGACGACGAUGAAGUGGACACGUGGAAAUUCGAAGACGAUGACGUCAUUUUGGGCAGAGGCACCAGGCAAAGAAAAGAAGUGGACUACGGCGAUAGUUUAACAGAAAAAGAGUGGCUCAAAGCGAUCGACGAAGACGGAGAUUACGAUGAUGAUGAAGAGGAGGAGGAGAAGUUGAAGAAGAAGCGUGGCAGGAAGAGGAGGAAAAGGGACGAGUCGGAUGAAGAUGAUUCGUUGCCUUCAAAGAGGAAGAGAAAACCGACUGGGGCGGCUAGCGAGGCGAAACUUAGGAGGAAGAUGAAGAAGUUGAUGAGCGUCGUUAUUAAUUAUACUGACAGGGAUGAAAGACAGUUGAGCGACCAAUUCAUGAGACUACCCAACCGCAAAGAGUACCCGGAAUACUUCCAAAUAAUCAAAAAACCGAUCGACAUAAGCAAAAUCCUGAACUACAUCGACGACGGAAAAUAUACCGACUUCAACGACUUGGAACGUGAUUUCAUGCUUUUGUGCCAGAACGCGCAAAUCUUCAACGAGGAAGCCUCGCUCAUCCACGAAGACAGCAUCGUGAUGCAGUCGGUAUUUUCUAAUGCUCGGUCUAAAAUUGAAGUUGAUAAUUCCGACGAUGAUGAUAAAAUGGAAUCAGAGGAAGAGCCGGAGCCAACUCCCAAGAAAAAGAAGGAAAAAGAGCCGAAAGAGAAGAGGAAAAGAGGCAGACCCAAGAGGGUUGUUAAGAAAUAUGUUUCUGACGAUGAUGAUGAUGAUUAGUUUAAAAUUUAAAGCUACGCUGCACAUUUGUUUUUCAAAGAGAAAGGGCACAUAUAUUCCAAAUAUCAUAGUAAAGGCCUUAGCUGAAGUUCCUAGCCACAAUAGCCUUAUAUACACCUUUCUCAUAAACUUGUAUUUUUAGCCAGAUAGUUGCAAUCUAUAAUGUUUGAACAAAAUAGAUUUUCGUUUUUUUUUUUUUUUUUAAUUUUAUUUCAGACUUUGAUUUAUUAAUAAUAGUUUUAAGGUGGCGUAGUAGAUAAAGUUUCAUGUUGUAACUCUAAUAAUUGUAUCUUACAGGGACAUACAUAUUAUAUUCAUACGAUACGCUGUAGUGGUAAAAUAAUGAUAAAUAAAAAUAUCAGAUAUAGAUAGUUUACAGUUACUCUCCCAGUUUUUUGGAAGAUUAGUUCCAUUAAAAUAAAACAAUAAUUUGUAUUUAUUUCAGAAUUAUUAUUACACCAUUUCUAAUACAGGUAAGUAAAACGUUUAAGCCCAAGUGUUAUAAGCUAAGAAAACAGCCAAAUUUUACAUUUUAAUAACAACAAAUUAAACCAGGAAUUUGUGCAAGAAAGGAACAAAUUAUUCAAAGUUGAGCACCGACUUAAACAAACUAAUCACAUCCAAUUUAAUGGCACCAAAUAAGUUUAAGGAUACCUCUUGUUUUAGUAUCACAAUUAAUAAUCACAUAAUUGUUGGUGAAUAAAAAUAAACUGAACAAUGAUGAGAAAAGAGGUAUCCGACUAUAUUAAAAUAAAACUUCUAAAUUAUUAUUAUUGCGGCUAAUAUGAGCAAAAAGAGUGCUUACCUUACUUCUAAUAAUUUCAACAAUUAUUAUUCACUCACAAAUAAGUUUAAAAAUUACCAAUAUCGUUGUCCUCGUCAUCGGAAUUAAUUUUUUUGAAAAUCCUCUUUCGUUUCGAUGGCGAAACUUUCUUACCUUUGCCCAAUUUGAUUUUCAUUUUUACUGCGGAUAGUUCAGAGUCUGACUUGUUGGCUGAAUCGUCGUCUGC